CUGGAGUCUAACGUGAGUUGGUUUUUAUGGUUUUACAAUUUAAGACUAUAAUGAUGCUGGUGUGCGUAGUUGGUAAAGAAGUAGAAAUGCUGUCAAACAAGCAAGAAGAAAUAACUAAAUUUCCAUUAAAAGCAAUGGAAUUUACUAGAGGAUAAUGAGAACACAAGUGAUCCAAAACCUAAAGAACAAAGUGAAGCCAUGGAACUAAAUGAAACGGAGGAGAAAUGCCAAAAGAAACCAAGACAAGAAUCUUUCAGUUCCUCACAAAAAAAAUCUCACAGGACCAAAAAAUCUCGCACAUGCCCUCAGUGUGGAAAGAUUUUUAUGCGUAACGAACACCUCAAAAUGCACCUGCUCAUUCACACCGGAGAGAAGCCCUUCACGUGCCUUCAGUGCGGACGAAGCUUCAGAUGUAAAGGAGACCUGACGAAACACACGAGGAUUCACACCGGAGAACGUCCGUAUGCAUGUCCUCAGUGUGGAAAAACCUUCCCGAGUGCAUACGUCCUCAAAUCUCAUCAGCUCCUUCACUCUGGAGUGAGAUCUUUUAGCUGUGAUCAGUGUGAGAAAACAUUCAUCCUGGCCACGCACCUACAGAGACACUUGAAAAUCCACAGCGAUAGGAAGCCCUGCUUAUGUUCGUUCUGCGGAAAGAGAUUUUUUCAUUUAAAGGAGCAUCAGAAGAUGCACGCCGUUGUGAGAGAUCACCUGUGCUUUGAGUGUGAGAAGAGUUUCACCUCGGCCAAAUCAUUAAAACAGCAUCAAAUGAUUCAUACUGGGGAGAAACCGUAUAAAUGCACACGCUGCCAAAAGAGAUUCACUCAGUCAGGAACGCUGAAAGAUCACGAGAGAGUUCAUACUGGAGAAAAACCAUAUCAGUGCUCUUCAUGCAGGAAGAACUUUAGCAGAUCAAGUAAUUUACAGACUCACAUGAGAAAGUGUUGCCAAAAUUCAUCUUCAUAUCAUAAAGAGUUUUAGUCAAAGAUGAAAUGAUGUGUUGGGGCGAAAAAAAGAGGAAAUGUUUAGAUGCUUUAGAAAGUAAUGUGUUUGUAACACAUUUUAUUUCAGUGUGUAAGCUUUCUGACAUGCAAUAUGUUAAAAUAAUGAUCCUCUUACAAUUAAUGUAUUUUAGAAAGUACUGAAGCCAGUAUGCAUUAAAUGAGUUUUAAUAUUGUAUUUAAAUGUGUAUUUUAGCAAACAGAAAAAUGUUUUUUUCUGUGCUGACUAUAAAAACAUGAAUAAUGUGAUUAUAUGCCAUCAUAUCAGUAGUUCUUGUUAAAAAACAAACUUUUUUCAUUAUGCACCAGUUCGUCUAAAUCUAAGUUGACCAUAUUUUGGCAGUGCCACAAAUGUUCCACCAGGUGGCGCUUUUGGUUGCGCUUCAGCGUAGUGGGAGGAGCUUGACCUAUUAGCUCCACCUCCUGUGACAUAAUGGGCGGGGCCAUGUUUAGCGAUAGGGUUGUGGUUGAGUCGUCUAGUUCCACUUAUUGGCUUUGCAGUGAGCUGCCUCUCUUUUUGAAUCCAUCUUGAUUCCCAACUGCUUUAAAACUGCUGUUUAACAGACCCUGAAGAAAAAGCAAGCAGGAGGAAUUACUCCAGGAGAAACAACUGACAUACAAUUGGAAAGAUGGAUUUUGAGGAAGAACCCUGCAGAAUGAGCAAUGAAGGUACAGAGGAACAAACAGACGAAGCUGGAAACACAGUCAUUUCACAGACUAAAAAGGAUGUCCGAAGAAAACAAGCUAGAAAAACUGGAGUCAAAAAGCCUUUCACCUGCUCCGACUGCAGAAAGAGUUACUCACAUAAACCAGACCUUACAAGACACAUGAGAUUUCACACUGGAGAAGGACUGUUCACAUGCACUCAGUGUGGAAAGGAUUUCACAGAGAAAGGAAAGCUGGAUGUACACUUGAGAGUUCACACUGGAGAAAGACCGUUCACCUGCACUCAGUGUGGACAGAGUUAUGUACAUAAACCAGACCUUAACAGACACAUUAGAAUUCACACUGGAGAGAGGCCUUAUACGUGCACUCAGUGCGGAAUAAGUUUCAUCGACACACAAUGCUUAAAAUCACACAUGAGAAGUCACACUGGAGAAAAACCAUUUACAUGCACUCAGUGUGGAAAGGGUUUUACAUCUAAAAGUUUUCUGAAAAAACAUCAGCUUUCUCACUCUGGAGUGAGAUCAUUCAGCUGCGAUCAGUGUGAUAAAACAUUUGUUUUGGCAACUUAUUUAAGAAGACACCUUAAAGUUCAUAGUGGUGUGAAGCCUCACGUUUGUUCUUUUUGUGACAGGAGUUAUAUAACUCUGCAAAAGCUAAAAGAGCAUGAGCGUACUCAUACUGGCUUGAAACCUUACGCGUGUCUUGAUUGUGUAAAGAGCUACACUACAUCAGAUACUUUAAAAAUACACCAGAGGAUUCACACUGGAGAGAAACCAUACAUGUGCUCGCACUGUGGAAAGUGUUUCUCUCAUUUAUCAUCCCAGCAAGCUCAUGAGAGAGCUCAUACUGGAGAGAAGCUGUACCAGUGCUCUUCAUGUGGGAAGAAUUUUUCUCACUCGUCUAGUUUGCAAGCUCAUAUUAAAAAAAAGCGUUGCCCAAAGUUGCCCAAGUGAGAAAUGUUUCACUUUUUAGAUUCAUCACAUCACUUUUGGUGAACAAGAUGAAAAGAUAUUAAAUCAGUCAAUUUUGGCUAUGGGUUAUUAAUGAUGUCUUUUAUUGCAUAUACACCCUUUUAAAUGUAUUCUGAUUGCAUGUUUUGAAACAGUGAAAAA